AUGCAUAAAAUUGAGAAUGUCCUCAAUGAUAUCUUAGCAAACUCUGUUAGGGUUUACAGCCCUGGGAAGUCACUUUCUCUAGAUGAGGCUAUGGUCCUCUUCAGAGGCCGACUGUCGUUUCGGCAGUAUAUAAAAAACAAAUCACACAAGUACGGUAUAAAACUGUACGAACUGACAACAUCUGAUGGAUUCAUUUUAAAUAUCAUCAUCUACUUAGGAAAGGGGACACUUAUUGACAAAGAAAAGGGCCACGCCUUUGAAGUUGUGAGAAAGUUAAUGCAGAACUACCUCGGCAAAGGCCACAUAAUCUUUCUCGACAAUUUCUACAACAGCGUGGACCUGGCCGAGUACCUCAUGACCAACCAGACUAACAUGUGUGGUACUCUACAGUCAAAUAGAGUUGGGAAUCCGCAAGUUGUGGUGCAAACAAAACUGAAAAAGGGGGAGUGUGUGAGCCGUCAAAGAGGUGACGUUACCGUCAUGAAAUGGCGAGAUAAAAGAAAUGUUUUGACUAUUUCAACUUCAAAUGGCCCCGAGAUGGAGGAAACAAGAACAAAAAGGGGAGAAGUGAUCCAAAAGCCCAGCAUGGUUGUUCGCUACAACAAGGGUAUGAGUGGGAUUGAUCGCAGUGAUCAAAUGAUCUCUUAUUAUUCCACUCCUAGAAAGUCUCUUCGGUGGUACAUAAAAAUAUUUUUCCACCUGCUAGAUGUAUCACUGUGGAACAGCACAUUUAUUUUUUCCAAAUUGACAACGAAGACAACCUAUCUGAAUUUCAGAGACAUUAUUAUAAAACAAUACAUUCAUGUAGAACCCAUUCCACGGAAACCUCGCCCCAUCCGCUCUUCACAGACGACUCAUGCUCCUGUCAAGCUGGAAAAGCGACUGAGGUGCCAUGUCUGCCGAGAAGCACACAAUACAAGGAAGCAAACCUUUUAUGCCUGCUCUAUUUGCAAGGACUCUAAAGACAAACCAUUUGGCCUUUGCAUGCCAACUUGUUUCAAUCUAUGGCAUGAGAAGUAG